AUGGCGGCGGCGGUGGCGGCUUCCACGGCCCGAGCCGCGUGCAACCCAUCGUCCAGUGCCGUGCCGGACCCGUCGGACCACGUGUGGGCGCACCACUUCAACCUGCUCAACUCCGCGCCGGCGCCGGCGGCUGCUCCGCACCUGGACCCGUCGCGCGCUACCACGUCGUCCCUGGACGAGGCGUCCGUGUCCGUGAGCAACGCGAGCGACCUUGAGGCCACGGAGUGGGUGGAGCAGGACGAGCCCGGCGUGUCCAUCACCAUCCGCGAGUUCGGCGACGGCACCCGCGAGCUCCGCCGCGUCCGAUUCAGGCAAGUCCAUGGCCACUAG